AUGUCUACCUUCAUAGCACCUCUCCGACGGACAUACCGUUACCUCCAACGGCAAGCCCAUGAAGCUCCCGUCAUCUUCUACUCUGUCGUGAUCGGCUCCGUUGGGCCCGUUCUCGCAUUCAGUGUUCCGACCAUCCGUCAGAGCUAUGGAUGGAGGCCAGCCGAGCCUAUUCCUAUCACGUAUCCAAUUCCGAAUCGACCACGGAGGCCAGUCCAGGGUUACGAGGAUCCGGAGUAG